CGAGCGCGCACUCGCACUCGCACGCACACGUACGUGCUUUCUUUCUCUUUGGCGACGGAGUGUUUGUUUGAAGCUGCUGGUUGUGAUUGUGAUGAUGGAAGGGCGCGGAUGGAUUUCAGUCUGUUUCUUUGUAAGCGUGUGUUUGUAUGUGUGCGCGCGCUUCUGUGCGCGUGCCUGUGCAUUUGUUCGUCCUUUCUCUCAGGCGACGUGAUGAGAAAGAGCGAGAGAGAGAGAGAGAGAAGGAGAGUAGGUGGGUGAUGGUGAUGCUGGAGGUUUCAUCACUGAAUAUUAUAAAACUACUAUGCAGUCUCCUUUAACUGUUGCAUCACUUGCCACUGCUUUUUCGCCCAUUUUACAAAUCAGAACCAGCAUUGCAAAAAGCAGCCGAUUUCGGUAGAUAAGAAUGGUUUGCUUGCCUGGAUUGUCCAUGUCGCGAUUCGAAGCCGUCUACCACGCUGCCGAGAACUUGUCUGACAGAUAGACCCUCAUGAUGAGUGUUCCUGUUAGCCAACCAGCUAAUGCCACUCUAGCUCCUGCUGUUGUGUCUCCUGCUGCUGUAGUAAAGAAGUUCAAAGCUACAGAUGUUGCUGACAACACCAAGACGGUGUUACCUCUGGCACCAGGGACCGUACCCAUUGCCACUUCACAAGGUUUCCCAGGAGGAAUCAGUCUGACCAUUUCCAAUGGUGUGAUCAAUGUGAAAACUGCAGGGAUGCAAGGAGACAACCAAGCAGCAGCAGCAGCUGCAGCUGCUGCAGCACUAGGUAUCAGACCUGCUGCAACCAGUGCACUACCGGCCACUGUCACCAUGGUGAAGGGUCAUAUUGGUAACAUAGGAAAUCUAAUCAGUCCAGUUGGAACGUCCCAAGUUGCCACCUUGCCACCAGGUGUCACUCUGCCACUGAAGAUAUCCAAUGCGCAAGCUCUUCAGUUCCGUGCUCCUAGCAUUAUGUCAUCCAAUGCUGCUAUGCAAAACUCGCUUACUGUGAAACAGGGGCAGGCUGUGACAGUUGGCAUGGCACCAAACCGUCACGCUGUUGCAGCAGCUCAGCAUGGACCACAGCCGAUUCGGAUUCAGCCAGACAUAUCUGGAGUGACCCAUGUUAGUCACACACUGGUUCCCGCCAUCAUGCAGACCGUGAAUUCCACUUCUCAGUCAACGAUGACCGCCAACCUUGUUCAAGCUGUACCGGCUCCCAUGAAACAGGCCAACAACGAGAGUAAAGACAAAUUGCAGGAAAUGUCAAAGGUCUCGAUAUCGUCGUCUGUAACUGCACACACGCUUCCGAUCACAGUUACGUCUGUUCCGAUACAGAUGACCUCCAAGCAUCUUGUCACCAGUAGCAACAGUUUACCUGUCCAUAAGCUGGCCAAUGCAAACACAGCUACUGCUCAUAUGGUUCCCAGUUGCACUUUGGCAACCGGACACAAAAAGCCCUCCACGACAGCAACUCAUGUUCAUAUGCUUCCUAAUGUUCCCACCACAAACCACCCAUCCAUCCAUAUGGUUCCUGUAAGUAGUACCACUACUUUUGCGCUGAACAAUUCAACUGCCCCCUCCAUAAGAAUGAUUGGCCCGGCUGUUACGACACCCAUUCAUGUUGUGACCACGCUAACGACGACGGCUCCUGUAAUGAGGGUGGCUUCUUCAAUCGCUUCCACUUCUGCCAACACCAAGAAGUUGUCCACCGUUCCGUCGCUGCAGGGAGCAGUCAAUAGCAGCUCUGCUGCCACCCCACUUCAAAUGGUUCAUCCAGGAUCUGCUUCUGUUCCUAUGCAAAUAGUUACCUCUCUCUCCAACCCCAUCAUUGCAACAAUGUCCCAGCCGUCCCAACAGCAACAACAACAGCAGCAGCAACAACAACAACAACAACAACAGCCACAACCACAGCCUCAGCUGCAGGCUCAACCCCAAUCCCAGUCUCAACAGCCCCAACUCCAACUCCCGCCGCCGCCACCGCCACCACCUCCACCACCAGCUCAAGUCCAGCUACAUCCACAGGCCCCAACCCAAAUCCAAGCUUCUGUUCAAGUCCAAUCCCAGAACCCAGUCCAAGUCCAGCCUCCUCAAUCUCAGACUCAGGCCCAGCCAGACACCACGACGGACAUACCCCCUAAAGCUGCUGACACUGGCGGGAGUGUGGCUGACAAAGUGGAGGAGCUCACUACUGGUCCCAAAAUAAAGAUUGAACCUGACAAUGACCCAGUCAACAGCCUCGACUGGGAAAAUGGUAUAGCCACGCUUCCAGGUAGCAAUAUAAAGUUUCAAUUGAAUGAAUUCGGCAUAAUGGAAAUUGUAAAAGACAGUGAUCUCGAGUGUGUGGAGACGAUGGAGACUAGCAGUGACCCAGGUAGUGCUGACAGUGCCUAUACAGACACGAGCAGCAAACCAGAUUCCAGUACAACGAACCCUGAAUGUAACGAUUUGAGUAAAUGCUCAAGGAAAGAUAGCAGUGAGAAUUGCCAGUGUUCAAAUUGUAAAUACAAACUCAAACGCUCCAUAUCAGAGAAGGAUGAAUGUUUAGAGAGGAAGAAGAAACGAAAGCUGGUUCUAAGUCAGGGCAACGCAUGCGAUAAUAAUAAGCAAGCUGUCAUUAAGUGUGACAGUAACUGCAAACAGCCUGUUGUUGUCAAACAAGAGAAAGUAGAGGAAGAGGUGAAGAAGCCUAUCACUGCCAUAGCUGCUGGAAAGAAAUCAAAAGUUUUUACCUGGGCUCAGUAUUUGGAUCAAGAGAAUGCUGUAGGGGCACCGACCAAACUUUUUAAAGAGCCCUUUCCUGCAUUGAAGAAUGGUUUCAAAAUUGGUAUGAAGUUAGAAGGCAUAGAUCCAAAGCAUCAGUCUCUUUAUUGUGUUCUCAGUGUUGCUGAGGUAAGAGGGUUCCGAAUUCGGUUACACUUUGAUGGUUAUUCAGAAUGUUAUGACUUCUGGGUCAACGCUGAUUCAUCGUUCAUCUUCCCUGUUGGUUGGUGUGAAAAGAAUGGCCGUGUUUUGCAACCCCCAAAAGGUUUCAGUUCUGAGUCAUUUGUUUGGUCCGGUUACCUGAAACAUGCCAAAGCCUUUGCGGCACCAAAACACUUAUUUGUAAAUCUUCAUACACAGCCCAUUGUGCCGAACCUCUUCCGUGUAGGGAUGAAACUGGAGGCAGUCGACAAGAAAAACACAAGCUUGAUAUGUGUGGCAACAGUGGCUGACGUAUUGGGCGACCGCAUCUUGAUACACUUUGAUGGCUGGGAGGAUGCGUACGACUACUGGUGUGACCCCACUUCACCUUAUAUCCAUGCAGUCGGCUGGUGUAAGGAGAACAACGAAAUACUCUCCCCUCCGUGUGAUUGGAAAGAUCCAUUAAACUUUAGUUGGGAACGUUAUCUUUCAGAGAAAAAUGCUACAGCUGUACCUGCUCGAGCCUUUCGACCUCGUGCCCCUGUAAGCUUUGAGGAAGGUAUGAAAAUUGAAGUGGUCGACAAGCGCAAUCCUAUUCUUAUACGUGUUGCUACGAUAGCCUCAAUGUCAAAGCAUCGAGUGAAGAUUCACUUUGACGGCUGGUUGGACAUCUAUGACUACUGGUUGGACGAUGAUAGUCCAGACAUACAUCCACCUGGCUGGUGUAACAGAACUGGACAUAUUUUACAGCCUCCUAUUGAGACAACGUUACAGGACCGGUUAGGUUCAACUCGAGUUGAAGAAGGAACUAGCACCCCUAUUGGACAGCGACCAGCCAGAGCUAUAGAACCAUCAACGGUGACUUUGGAAAUGUCGAGGAAGUGCCCAACUCCUGGAUGUGAUGGGGUUGGUCAUGUGACAGGUAAAUACUCUGCCCACCACAAGCUGUCUGGCUGUCCCUUGGCUGAGAAGAACUUUCUGAAGAUGGCAAGCAAAGUGAAAGAGGAACCGGAUGCCAGCACAGAUUCUUCAGAUACCAAGUCAUCGUUGCCUGCUGUUGUCUCUGGCCCUGGACGGAAGAAGAAAAAAUCUGAGAGAAAUCAACGCGAAAAGAAUUGUGUGUUAACGGAUGAGAGUCAUUCCCCUGAACCUACUGAAUCACAAGAAUUCCAACCAGCUAAGGACGGAAGUGCCAAAGCAUCUGCUGGUACUACUCAGAGUACUGAACAGCAAGAAUUCCAGUCUUCUGAUGACAGGAGAUUUAAAUAUCUUUUUCCGAAUAAAGUGAAAGAGGAAAAAGAAGAUAAAAGUUGUGAGUAUUUACAUCUUUUCUCAUCUCCUUGUUAGUCACUAUUGGUUCUGUUAGUCUUUUAUUUUGGAAUGUUUAACAUCUCCAUCUAGAUCUUAGAGGUGUUCAGUGAAGCCCAUUCUGUUG